CCGGGUGCGAUUUGCAAGCGCUCUGAGCCUGCGUCCGCCGAGGGGGAGGGUUUCCCCAGCCCGGCCGGAGUUGCGGCUGUGCGCUGCUUCUGGCUCACAGCGCCGACGACUGUCAAGGGAGUUGGGGAGUGGAACUGCCGGAAGUGUCUGCGCGCCGUGAGAGAAACUUUCCUGCUCUGGCCGCUGCCCGGAGCCUCGCCGCCCCUGCGCUCCGAACGACUAUGCGUCCAGAUGACAACAACCUGAGCGGACUCGCGCCUCGGCCCGCCGCCCGCGCCUGCGCUCGCCUAGCCUCGGGGGAGGAAGACUGAGCCCGGCGCAGGCGGCGCGGCGCUCGGGGCCCGUUUCCUCCGCGCAAUCAGUCCCCUCGCGUCCCGGCGCCUUCCCCGCGAUCGCGCGACCCCAGCGCCCGCCGCGGCCGCCGGCUGCCCCCGCCCUGACCGCCGGCCCGGACGUGUCCGCGGCCGCCGCUGGCAGCGCCUGUGCCAUGGGGCUGCCCACUCUGGAGUUCAGCGAUUCCUACUUGGACAGUCCAGAUUUCAGGGAGCGCUUGCAGUGUCACGAGAUUGAGCUGGAGCGAACCAACAAGUUCAUCAAGGAGCUCAUUAAGGACGGCUCUCUGCUCAUUGGGGCGUUGAGGAAUCUGUCUAUGGCAGUGCAGAAAUUUUCCCAGUCAUUGCAAGAUUUCCAGUUUGAAUGUAUUGGUGAUGCUGAAACAGAUGAUGAAAUUAGUAUUGCUCAGUCACUAAAAGAAUUUGCAAGACUACUUAUUGCAGUAGAAGAAGAAAGGCGAAGACUGAUCCAAAACGCUAACGAUGUAUUAAUUGCACCACUUGAGAAAUUUCGAAAAGAACAGAUAGGUGCAGCAAAAGAUGGAAAGAAGAAGUUUGACAAAGAGAGUGAAAAAUAUUACUCUAUCCUUGAAAAGCAUUUAAAUUUGUCCGCAAAGAAAAAGGAGUCUCAUUUACAAGAGGCAGAUACACAAAUUGACCGAGAACAUCAGAACUUCUAUGAAGCAUCAUUAGAAUAUGUCUUUAAAAUUCAAGAGGUCCAAGAAAAAAAGAAGUUUGAAUUUGUUGAACCGCUUUUGUCAUUUCUUCAGGGCUUAUUUACUUUUUACCAUGAGGGAUAUGAACUUGCCCAGGAAUUUGCACCGUAUAAGCAACAGCUGCAGUUCAACUUGCAGAAUACAAGGAAUAAUUUUGAAAGUACUCGACAAGAGGUAGAGCGGUUGAUGCAAAGGAUGAAAUCUGCUAACCAGGACUACAGACCACCCAGCCAGUGGACCAUGGAAGGCUAUCUGUAUGUCCAGGAGAAACGACCGCUUGGUUUUACAUGGAUUAAACAUUAUUGUACGUAUGAUAAGGGAAGUAAAACAUUUACAAUGAGUGUUUCAGAAAUGAAAUCCAGUGGGAAAAUGAAUGGCCUUGUUACUAGCUCACCGGAAAUGUUUAAAUUAAAAUCUUGUAUCCGACGAAAGACAGAUUCAAUUGACAAACGAUUCUGCUUUGACAUAGAAGUAGUUGAAAGGCAUGGGAUCAUCACGUUACAGGCCUUCUCAGAAGCUAAUAGGAAACUCUGGCUUGAAGCCAUGGAUGGGAAGGAACCGAUUUAUACUCUGCCUGCCAUUAUAAGCAAGAAAGAAGAAAUGUAUUUGAAUGAAGCAGGGUUCAACUUUGUGAGAAAAUGCAUUCAAGCUGUGGAAACAAGAGGUAUCACCAUUUUAGGACUCUACCGAAUAGGAGGAGUGAACUCCAAAGUUCAAAAACUCAUGAAUACCACAUUUUCUCCUAAAUCCCCUCCUGAUAUUGAUAUUGAUAUUGAACUGUGGGACAAUAAGACGAUAACAAGUGGGCUGAAAAACUACCUCAGGUGCCUUGCAGAACCACUGAUGACUUACAAGUUGCACAAAGAUUUUAUCAUUGCUGUUAAAUCUGAUGACCAAAACUACAGGGUGGAGGCUGUACAUGCAUUGGUGCACAAAUUGCCGGAGAAAAACAGAGAGAUGCUGGACAUCUUAAUAAAGCAUCUGGUCAAAGUAUCACUACACAGCCAACAAAAUCUCAUGACUGUCUCAAAUCUUGGUGUCAUAUUUGGCCCAACUCUAAUGAGAGCACAGGAAGAAACUGUGGCUGCUAUGAUGAAUAUUAAAUUUCAGAAUAUUGUGGUAGAAAUUCUGAUAGAGCACUAUGAAAAGAUUUUUCAUACUGCUCCAGACCCAAGCAUUCCUCUUCCUCAGCCUCAGUCUCGAUCUGGAUCCCGAAGGACGCGAGCAAUCUGCCUCUCUACAGGGUCUAGGAAGCCCAGAGGGAGGUAUACUCCAUGCCUGGCUGAACCUGAUAGUGACUCCUAUAGCAGCAGCCCAGACAGCACACCUAUGGGGAGCAUUGAGUCACUCUCUUCUCAUUCCUCUGAACAAAAUAGCACUACAAAGUCAGCUUCCUGCCAGCCCAGGGAGAAAUCUGGAGGGAUUCCUUGGAUUGCAACCCCGUCAUCUUCCAAUGGACAGAAAAGCCUUGGUCUCUGGACAACUAGUCCUGAAUCAAGUUCCAGAGAAGAUGCAACCAAGACAGAUGCAGAAUCAGACUGCCAGAGUGUUGCUUCGGUCACUAGCCCAGGAGACGUUUCCCCACCCAUAGACCUAGUCAAGAAAGAGCCUUAUGGGCUUUCAGGACUGAAAAGAGCUUCUGCUUCUUCUCUCAGAUCCAUCUCUGCAGCUGAAGGAAACAAGAGCUACAGUGGAUCUAUUCAAAGCUUAACUUCUGUAGGUUCCAAGGAGACACCCAAAGCUUCACCAAACCCAGACCUGCCUCCGAAAAUGUGCAGGAGAUUAAGACUAGACACUGCCUCAAGCAAUGGCUAUCAGCGUCCUGGCUCAGUAGUGGCAGCAAAAGCUCAACUGUUUGAAAAUGUUGGUUCACCUAAACCAGUUUCUUCUGGGCGCCAAGCCAAAGCCAUGUACUCCUGUAAAGCAGAGCACAGUCAUGAGCUUUCCUUCCCACAAGGAGCGAUAUUUUCUAAUGUGUACCCAUCAGUGGAACCAGGAUGGUUAAAGGCAACUUAUGAAGGCAAAACAGGACUAGUUCCAGAAAAUUAUGUUGUCUUCCUCUAAUACUAUUUAGUGGAUGGCAGUAUCUUCAUGGUAUCCAUGGUAACGAAUAAAUGCUAUGAUUUUAUCUGACACAGAUACACGGGGAUCAGCCCACUAAGUGAAAACAGUCAAUUUCUAUCAAGUUCUUCACCAGCAGACUAUGUAGCUCCUUAUUAAUGGAAAAAAAGAUUUAAAUUGUUGGCCAUUCUUUUUUGGUUGGUUUCUUAUUUUAAAAUAUCUUACUUGUGAAAAAUGUGUUUUUGGAUAAUAUGUAACUCUCCACAAUGUCUCUUCCGUAGCAACUGUAGAGUUUCAAAUACUGUGUUAAAUACUAUAUCCCAGAAAUUUGGAAACCAGAAAUCUGCUACAUGGAUUUUGAGAUCUGUCCUUUACUGCCUGGCAUUCUCUGAGGAUCUCUGAAAUUGUUACUUAAAAAUGUAAUUUAAAUUGUUCAUUUAUUGUUUUUUUUUUUCUUAGAAAUAUACUGCUUUUAUAUAUGAUUGUUUUGCUGGUCCUAAACAUUUCAAGGAUGUAAGUCUUUGUUUUAAUAUAACUUUAUUUGUUUUCCAAGUAGAUGAUAAUAUUCAAAAGCAAUAAUUAUAUGAUAUCUAUAAAGGAAGCAAAAUUAAGUCAUACACUGAUUCCACUGUAAACAAUCUGUCCAGAAUUCCAGACACCUUCCGUGGGUUUAGCACAGGGAUCAGCAAACUUAUUCUGUAAAGGCCUGAUAGCAAAUAUUUUUGUGGUGGGUUGAAUUUGGCUUAUGGGUUAUAGUUUGCUGACACCUAGUUUAGAGGGUGUGUAAAACUAUCUUCAUAACUUUGAGAUUUUUAUAAAAUUUUACAUUAAAAUAUACUGAUAAAUUAUAUGCACAUAUUUUCUACCAGUAGCAUUAUAGUGGCAUCAUAGAAGAAUAUUUACCAAUAAUGGGGAAACUGUAAAACUACAGUAUCAAGGCAUACAACUGAAAUUCCACUUGGAAGAUUGUAAAGUGUCAAAGUAUUUUAAUGAUAAUUUAAUUUGGGCUUUUGAAAUGUUCUUCUACAAAUGAAAAAGAUGUUUAAAAACGUUACAAGGGAAGCUAUGCCUUCUGAAGUCUAUCCUUAGUUGAAACAGAAAAUAAACACAAAGGUACAAGAUCCUUAAAUUAUUUUGAACCACAGAGGUUGAAAUUGUUUUGUGAUCUUUAGCAGAAAUAAAAUCUGUACAUGAUUUUCUUUUAUGCCUUUUAGUUUACAGUCUUUAUUAGCAAUUUCAGUGAAUUUGUAGAGCAUAGUAAUAGGUAUUUACUGUCCACUUAUAUAUAUCAGCAUCUGGUCAUGCACGAACCAUUAAUUCUAUAUUUCUAUUUCAAUAAUUCUAAUAUAUUAUUUCUGUAAAUGUAAUAUCUGUAUGUGGCAAAGAGCCUUUCUUCUCAAGAUCCUGAAAAGCUGGUUACCUGCCCUUUGAGUGCCACAGUCCUGAACUACUUGUUCUUGAUAUCUUACAUAUUACUUCAGAGUUCCCCACUGUGCAGACUCUCAGGUAUUAACUGUAAAAAACUCUUUACAUGUCAUUAUUAUCUGUAAUCUCUAUCUCUUCUACUUUAAAUUGUUUCUAGAAUUAAUAGGUUAAAUACACAUACACACACACAACUAUGCCUCAGAAAAGUUAGGCUUUUACAAAUAAAAAGAAUAAGAUUAGAAUUAACAAGUAGAGAGAAUAACGGUAGGCAGAGUCAGAAUCAGGAAUAAAUAUCAGUGAAUCAAAAGAAUGAAAAAUAUUAUGUAAUAAAAAUUAGCAAUGUAAUAUAAACAUUUGAUAAAAGAUUAUCUUUUUCUUUUAUCUCUUACUGUUGACCUCUGUGCACUGUAAUAAGGUAUGUUGCUGGAUCUUCUUGGUCUGGGUCCUUGGUGACCUUAGUAGUAAUAACAGCAUUGCUGACACCCUAAUUGCCCUCUGCUGGAACAGAAGGUAGUUUUCCAGUGUACCAGUCCCUUAGUCUAUACAGCACCCUUGGUUUAAGCACACUUGCCAUCAUCUGGUAUCCUGCCAGACUAGAAUCUCUUAAAAGCAAAUUGGUUUUCUUUCAAAGACCAACUUGACUCCAAAGAGAGAUUCAGAAUCCUACUUCUCCUGCUGCUGCAUAAAGAAAUCUCAAACUUCAUUUUAUUUGAACACAGACCAAAGUGUUCCUGCUUCUGAGUUGUCUGUAAGCUAAUUCUGCAGAUGUUCCAUUCAGAUUUAAAGCUUUUUUACUGCAUAGGAUGUGGAUAGGAAGCCUAACUAUUGUCUCUGAUGGCAAGGCAUAUGUUGCAGCCACAGUACUGGCUAUGGUCCCUUUGCUGAAACAAGCUACAGAAGCACUGAUUCAAGUUGUGCUUGUGCUUGAAGUUUUAAUCUUCUAGAUUUGUGAGGAUGGCUCUUUUUCCUUCAUAAUGGAUUACAUGUGUAAGCAAGUCAUGGCCGUAUACUGGAGACGGGCUAAAGCUGCUUUUCCCUUAAAGUAAGUUUCCUACAGAUAAGGUAUUUAUGAGCAUUGAGAAAGUCAGGACAUGUACUCUAAAUCACACAGAAUGUUAAUUCCACAGGAAGACAAUGCCAGACAUGGAAAGAGGAUCACAUUCAACUUUUAAUAGUAGUUCAAUAACAAAACCUUAGCUUUUCAGGAACAAUGUGAAGAUACAUUAGAAUUGCCACAUCCAUAUCUUCAAAACACGCAACCUGUGCACCCUAAUAACUGCUUACGGUAUAAUCAGUAUGACGAUGAGACUGAGGGGGUCUAAAUUUAAGUUCCUUAUCUCCUGAGUUAUGUGGAAAUAUCUCUCAGUACAAAACAUUUGUGUAUUUCACAGAUGACUUUUUGUUUUGCCGUAAUGCUACCAAGUUUAUGGAAACUAGUCAACCGAAGGAUUUUUCUGUUGUGUUAUGUGUAAAUGUCUGAACAGUAAAAUCAUCUUUGUAUUCCUGUAACAUUCAUGAAGUAUGAGAAAGUGGGUUUCUCCUUG